AGAAACUUGUGUGUUUGUACAGUUUUAUUGUAACUUCUGUAUAGUUUCGUAUAUAUUGCCUGGUUGGUUUAAUUAUAUUAUGUAAAAUAGCUGAAACCAAUUAAAACUAAUUACGAAACAGAAACAUGAAACAGCGUCACAAGUAUCUCCAUAACACAAGGAAAUCAACUGCACCAUUCAAUAAUCAAAUAAAUGGCAACGCAAAAGACAAACGUAACUAUGAGAAGAAAAGUUUAAAGUCAACGUUGGGUAGUAAAGGACUGCAUGAGUUGUGUUUGUUUGAAACCUUCAACCCUGAAGUUUGUAAGAUACAUCCAGAAAUAAAAGGUAAAUCCUACAAAAGUGGAGGCAAGAAAUUGAGAGAAAGUGCAAACACCGAUGUACAAAGUGACGGUACACCUGCUGCUAAUGAUGAUAACAUUGCUCCAACUCCAGAGAGAGCAAGUGAGAUGGUUUUUCGAUUACUGAGUUUUAAAGAACGAAGUGAUUUAAAUGGGAAAAACUUGACCAACUCCGGUUUCUACCUUGAACCAGGUGGAUCAGUUAUCAGGUGUUACAGUUGUGGAUUUCGUGUUGAAAACGUCACUGACACCGAUUCUGGUGACUCAGCACAAUAUCAUAACGAUGACUGUGCACAUUUUAAACAACUUCAAAGCAAGCAACCAAUAGCUUUGAAAGCUCCACCCCAACCCCCCAGUGUUGAAGGAGCUUCUUUCCUUCCUUCAAUGAUGGAUGACCUUGAUCUUGGCCUUGGAAAUCAGGAUUUACAAUUUUCAAUUUACGACCCAAGUUUAACUGAGCCAUAUUCAGGAUUUAGUUUUGAAAAUGAUCAAAAACUAAAAUAUCUGCCCCAGUCGGUUAAUGAUGUUUCUAUGGUUCCAAACACAUCAGAAAAUAAUGAAGUUUCUGAUGAAGAGUGCCCACAAAUUUAUCUUGCCCAAGUCUAUAGUGCAGAACACAGGGAGUUCCUUCAUACACUCAAUCUAAAUAAAGAAUCGGGUCGCUUAAAGAGUUUUCGAAACUGGCCGGACAACUCUCUUGAUAAAACCUUGCUUGCAAAAAGUGGUUUCUUUUACCUUGGCAACCGAGAUCGCACGCAGUGCUUCUCGUGCAUGGGCGUGCUGAAAAACUGGAGGCCUGGGGAUGUGAUUAAUGAUAUACAUAGAGAUAGUUUUCCUUCUUGCAGUUUCGCGAAUGCUAUCGACACCCCUGCCCCUGCACUUGAUGACUACGAUUUUUCUAUCAUACGUGGUCCACCAUCUGAAACAUUUGAUAUGGCUUUAUUGUUGAAUAAUAAACCCAGUGAAGCACGAAUAUCAUUUGAACCGGCCAAUCAGAGCCCAACACGUGACAUUUACAGCUCCGGUGAAGCGGAACAAAUGAUUUCCGACCCCUUGUCUCUCUCUCUACCACAAUCUAGUGGUGAAUUACCCGCCUUAAACUUUCCACAAUUCACAAGCAGCGAAAACGCCAUGCUUAAUCAAGCAGAACCCGUGUCAGCAUUUCGACCAAUCAGUUCAAACCUUCUUAACCAAUCAGGAAGCUCCUUUGAAAUUACAAACUCAAGCAGUGCGGCAAGCAAGGUGAAGAAGCCAUCUCCAAUAUUUCCUCAACCUCUCACUCCUGCUCCUGUUGCUCCUCCUCCUCUUGCUUUACCAGCUCUUGACUUCUUAGCAUAUGGAGAAACACAUGAUAGCAGCAUAGUUUCAAACACAAGCUCAAAAUUUCAAACAAUUCAAAUUUCAAACCCCGAAUCCAAGCAAGCCUCAAAUCUACAACCAUGGUUAAACUUGAACACAACAAAUGCUCAAAUAUUAAUUCCCACCCCUUCACGCACAUCACCACAAAGCCCACUAAAACAAGUUCAGACCGCUCCACAAGAUUGGUUACUUGAUUUGGACCCAUAUAAAGCACCCUUGGAAACCCAAUCUGCCCAACCUGUCAGGGACUUUACAUUUUCCACAACCAGUACAAGUAACCCAGAGGACGCAACUACUAUUCCUAUAAUUAGAAGUCUAGAAGGAAUCCAAAAUGGUAAAACUCUUGAUUUUGAUGAGUACCUUCAAGAACAGGAGCGUACGUUAUAUAGAGACAUGUUCCCGUGCCUCGAACCCAAGAAAAUGGACAUGAAGUUUUACGAAGACAGGAUUGCAACUUUUGACUCUCGAUGGACAAGGACUGGCCCGCCAACUAUGUCAGAUAUUGCACAAGCUGGCUUUUAUUACUUAGGAGACGACGACGCUGUUCGAUGCUGGUAUUGUGAUGUCACAAUAAGGGAUUUAUCGCGACAAUGGAUACCAUGGGAAGAACAUGCUAAACAAUUUCCAAGUUGUCAUUACUUGUUACGAAAUCGUGGACCUGACUUUGUGGAAAACGUGUUGUCCAUUAUGACUAGUGCCGAAUCAGGGGAACCCUCGUUUCCUACCUUUCCAGGAGAAAUAUAUGAGAGUUCUGAUGAAGAGGAUUCACGUGAAAACCUACCCACCCCUCCUAUUGUUGACCCAAGGGAAGAAGAAAGACAAAACAAGUUACAAUUAGAGCAAUGUAUGUCCUCUGAGAUUGCUGCAAAUGCUGCAGAGAUGGGGUUUGAACCGAAAAAUAUCAGAAGAGUAAUGAGGAAACAGAUCCGGGAGCGCUCGUGUAACUUCCCAACCACUGAUGCGCUCUUAGAUGCUCUCUUCAAUGAGGAGAGGGACCUUAUCGAGUUCGAGUCAUCAGAAGAUGACGAUGAAGAUGGUGUUGAAGACAACCCAGAAGAACCAGAGUCUUUUUUUGAAGCUCGUGAUCGUUUUCAUGAUGAUGAGCAUGAGCAUCCUGAUGUAAGUGUUCACGAAUCACAAGAUGAAACUCACGAAACCAGCGUUGCUCACGAAGAGAAUCACGAAGAAGAAGAACGUCGCAUACAGGCCGAGCUACGUCGUCUGCGAGAUGAAAAAAGAUGUAAAGUCUGUUUGGAUCGUGACGCAGAGAUGGUGUUUGUGCCUUGUGGGCACCUAUGUACUUGCAUGCAGUGCACACAAUCGCUACGACAGUGCCCGGUGUGUAGAAUGAGGAUCACGAAGGCUUACCGCACCUACCCUUCUUAAGCGGUCGUUACGAACAAAUGGUUUAUACAGAAAAGAUUACUUUUAAUUGUUCUGGUAGAAACAAUCUAUUUUUACUAAUAUAACUUACCUUGAUUAGGGUUCUAUGCUUAUCAAUAUAAACGUUGCGCUUCAAAAGGUACGCUUGUACCGUAAGUGCUGUUUCGCGCGUUAUAUAUACAUGUACGCGGUGCGGAUCCUCGCAAUUAUUCUUAUUGUAGUAAUUAAAAUACAUACUGCAUGUGGACACGA